AAACCGGGGUACUUCGGUCGUGCGCUACGAUGCCGCGCGAUAUUAUAACUUUGCAACUAGGACAAUGUGGGAAUCAAAUUGGGAUGGAGUUUUGGAAGCAGCUGUGCGCUGAACAUGGAAUCAGUCCUGAAGGUACACUUGAAGAAUUCGCAACAAGUGAUGCUGAUCGCAAAGAUGUCUUUUUCUACCAAGCAGAUGAUGCUCAUUAUAUUCCUCGUGCUGUGUUACUGGACUUAGAACCACGUGUAAUCAAUACAAUAUUAUCUUCACCUUAUGCUCGACUUUACAAUCCAGAAAAUGUAUAUUUAUCUAAACAUGGAGGUGGUGCCGGUAAUAAUUGGGCAGCUGGAUACACACAAGGUGAAAAACUGGAGGAAGAAGUGUUUGAUAUUAUUGAUCGUGAAGCCGAAGGAAGUGAUAGCUUAGAGGGCUUCGUAAUGACUCAUUCUAUCGCUGGAGGAACAGGGUCUGGAAUGGGUUCAUUUAUUCUUGAACGUCUUAAUUCACACUUCCCAAAAAAACUUAUUCAAACGUAUUCAGUAUUCCCAAAUUUAGAAGAAACUAGUGAUGUUGUUGUUCAACCUUAUAACAGUUUGUUAACACUAAAACGUCUCACUUUGAAUGCUGAUUGUGUGGUUGUUCUAGAUAAUACUGCUCUGCAUCGUAUAGCUACUGAUCGUUUGCAUAUUGAGAAUCCAUCAUUUGCACAAAUCAAUCAGCUGGUCUCCAAAGUAAUGUCUGCAAGCACGGCUACACUUCGUUAUCCAAGCUAUAUGAAUAAUGAUUUAAUUGGCUUAAUAGCUCCACUAACUCCAACUCCACGAUUGCAUUUCUUAAUGACUGGUUAUACCCCAUUAACAACAGAUACUGAAGUUCCAACUAUUCGACGGACAACUGUAUUCGAUGUCAUGAGACGUUUAUUACAGCCAAAAAAUAUGAUGGUCUCCACUCCAACACAGCGCGGUGUCAGUCAUUGUUAUGUUUCUAUACUAAAUAUAAUCCAAGAAACUUUUGUACAAAAUGGAAUUCACGACCUCUCUUCUCGGCCAAAAUGUUACUUUGUUUAAGUUGUAAUGAUCAACAUGUAAACUAUAGCUGUAGCUACAUUCUAGGAAUUUCUUCAAAUAUCAAUUGUUGGUUAAAAAACUACUUUGUUUAAAAGUAAUUAAUUGUUUGUAUGCCCUCUUAGUUCAGUUUUUACCGCAUGUUAUAAUUAGAAUGCUAUAUGCUUGUAUGGUGGCAAUUCUAUUGAAGACAUUCCACAUAUUUUCCAUGGGAAGUCCCCAAUAUCUAUUCCAGAUAAAAAAAAAAGUGGUUUUGAAUAGUUAGCGAAUAUUGAAUUGUGUAGAACUUACCAAGGACUAAGGAUUAAAUACUUUGAUUACAUAAUCGAUUAUUACACUAUAUAAAAGCACUUAUGAGAUCGCUCAUUCUCUGCACUCUUCACUCCAAUCAACUAAUCUUUUUCGCCUGGUCAGUUAUUUCUCUGUGAUCUGUCACCAAAUUUUAAUGAUCGUAUGAAUGUUUUACAACAUUAAAUUAAAAUGUUAAGUUUCAGUUAAUAGACCUCGUACGUUCACUUAGCUGUCAUGCAACAAUUUAAUUACUCUAAAUAACUGUUUGUCCCUUUUAAAAUAGCUUAUCAAAGUGAAUUAAACUUUAGAAAAUGCUAAAUAUAUAGUUUUGCAAAAUGUCGACCCCCCACUCAAUCCAUUUGUUCUUGAUCAUGAUAAUAUGUUAUGUUACUGACAGUCUGUCUGUAAUCAGGUCUUGUCUUUGAUAUUUAUGUCAACUAGUUGUGCCUCCAUCUGAUUCGUAGUCAUCCUUAUUCCUGACGGCAUAUUUCGCGAAUCAGCUUUUAACUACCUUGUUUCGUUUUCUUUCAGGAGAAGUCGAUCCUACUGAAGUACAUAAAUCACUACAGAGAAUUCGAGAACGCCGUAUGGCUCAGUUUAUACCUUGGGGUCCAGCUAGCAUUCAAGUUGCUCUGUCUAGGCGAUCUCCAUAUGUUCAGACACCACAUCGUGUUAGUGGUCUUUUACUUGCAAAUCAUACAAGCAUAUCAACUCUUUUCCUACGUACCUUAGCCCAGUAUGAUAAAUUACGUACUCGUGGUGCUUUUAUUGAACAAUUCCGUAAGGAAGAUGUAUUUCGUGAUGAUCCAGAAUUAAAAGAAUUUUCUGACAGUAGACAAGUUGUUCAUAAUUUAAUUGAAGAGCAUAGUGCAGCAACUCGAUCUGAUUAUAUUCAUUGGGGUGCUCAACGUGCUGCCGCAGUAGCUGCAACACAAGCAGCGGCCGCGGCAGCCGCCAAUUCAAAUUCUUGAGUUUCUUAUUAGAUAUUUUUCGAACAUUUAUGUUUUUUGGUAAAAAACUAUUCAGUUACAAAAACUACAUUUUGUACUUUUCAAAUGUUCGUCUCAAAAUUUUUUUGUAAGAUUGCCUUUUUUAACAACGUUUAGUUUUUACAUGUUUUUUUAUUCAAAAAGAACACUUCAUUCUGAGCAUUUGUAAACAUAUCAGUAUUCACAGGUUGUUGUGAAAACAUAAAUAUCCAGACCUGUUAACAAUGCAUGAAUUAAAUUGUUUGAUAUUUC